GAUCUUUCAAAUAUGGCAAAUCCCAGAAACUAUUUUUUUAUGUCAAUUGUGAAGUUCUCUAACACCGUCUACUGGAUACUGUAUAUUCUAACUUAAGGAUAGUAUCCAAGGAUUAUACUCAAAAAUAUGGUGUGGAUAACACAUACAUUUGCUCCAAUUGUCAAGCUUCACUUGGUAGAAUUUUUCUAUAUAUUGCUAAGUUAUCUUGGAAUAUUUGGCAAAUAGACGUCAAGAUGCAUUCCUUCAUAGCAACCUGGAAAAGAGGUUUACAUGGAUUAAAGAUCUCAAAAAAGCUAUGUGCAGUAUAAAGCAAUCCUAAAAGGCUUGGUAUAUAUUUUGUCAUUACUAGAUUUAUGAUCCAAAUCCUACAACUCUAGCAGCACUAGACAGAAUCACUUCAAAAUAUUUUGUGAACUGUAUAUGCAUUUUUACAUAUGUAACUAUAUUUUAGGUAUAAUUUAUGUAACAUAUAAUAACGAGUGGAACUAUUUAGAGUUUUUUCUUUUUUUGAUUGAAGACUUGCUUAAACAAUUGCUCAAUACAACUAUACACUGAUUAUAGAUAAAACAUGUGUAUAGGUCCAUGAUUUUGGGAUUGAUACAUCAUUUUGAUAGUUUCUCCUAACUAUUUCUCUUUUCAAUGCAUUCAUUAUUAUCUUCAUCUGUAUUUAAUUAUUAUUAGUAUCACAGGUACAUUUGAAUUCGGAUGAUCUCUUCCGACGGAUGAAUCUAGUUAUAUGAUCUUCUUAAUUCCUUUUCCCAAAUUUUAUUUUUAACACCAUAGCAAUACGGAAAACAUGCUUAACCAAUAUAAAUAUUGGAGGGCGUAUUGAGUUACCAAUUACAAAUAUUUUUACUAAAGCUAUAAAAAUUUAAACAAGGAAAAAAGUUUCUUUAAGCUCAAUAAUUAGCUGUUCAUAUCUAAAGGUAUCAAGACCUGGUUACAAAAAUAGUUUAUUCCAAAGGAUUAUAAUGUUUGAUUGGUUGACACAUAUUAAUUAUAUCCAUUACUUCUCAUGAUCCUAUAUAUAUAGAGGUCAUCAAUCUCCUGUCAAUCAUCCCAACAAACCGCAUAACUAAUCGGAUUUUAUUUUUAAGAUUAAUCGAUUAUUUUGAUAAAGUCGUGUAGUACUUUACUUCUCAAACAAUGGAAGCUAUGGGAGAAUGGAGCACCGGCUUAGGCGGAAUGUAUACAGACGAAGCUGACUUCAUGAAUCAGCUCCUUGCCUCUUAUGAUCAACCUUGUGGCGUUUCGUCCCCAGAGACAACCGCCCCAGCCGCAGCAUACCACCCCCAGAACGCUCAUUUGACUGGCGGGUUCUGCUUCUCUCAGGAGAGCAGUAGCUACAGCGCGGGGCAUAGUGGCUACUACGCGGUGAUGCCACCGCGAGAAGAAAACAACAAUGGGAUGGAGGAUGUGACGAUCAACACGAACUUGUAUCUGGUGGGUGAGGAGAUGUGUGAAUGUGAAGUGGCGGAAUACUCCGCUAAGAGCCUUUUGCCUUUGGAGACUGUCGAAGAGAAUCAGGAUGAUAAUAAGAGGUCACUGGAGACGGAGGAUGAUCAAAAAUUGUUCAACGCAUGCGAGAGUUCCAAGAAGAGGUCGCGUGCCAUAACAACUGACAAGAACAAGAGAGCCAGCAAGACACGAAAAACUAAAAAAAUCGUGGAGAUGAGUGACGCUAAUAACAAUUGCGGUGGAGAAGUACAGACGGAGAAGGCUGGGGGAAAGAGAAACACCAAAGCACUCAAGAUUCAGAAAACUUGUUAUUCGGAUGACGAAGCAAACGGUGGAGACACUUCCUCCUGCAAAGAAGGUGGCGAAGACUGUAAGGCUCUAAACCUCAAUGGCAAGACUAGAGCUAGCCGCGGUGCUGCCACAGACCCUCAAAGCCUCUACGCAAGGAAAAUUUCGUACGUAAGGCUGAAAACUAAAACAAAACCCGAUCUUAUGACGGUGCAGAAAAGAAGAGAGAGGAUAAACGAGAGGCUAAAGAUUUUACAAAACCUCGUCCCUAAUGGAACAAAGGUCGAUAUUAGCACGAUGUUGGAGGAAGCAGUACAAUACGUCAAAUUUCUCCAGCUCCAAAUUAAAUUGUUGAGCUCUGAUGAUUUGUGGAUGUACGCGCCCAUUGCCUACAACGGGAUGGACAUUGGCCUUGACAUGAAACUCAACUCACUCAUAUGAUUUACGAGAUUUUCGGACAUGUUUUUCUAUUUACGAGUUCC